CAUGGGCACUGUGCACUAUCUAUAGUUCAAGUAAUCUGUAUUGUGUGUUUGUUAAGGAAAUAUUCUGAAGACACUGUGUACUUGGAUUGUCAGGAUUAACGGAUUAAUAAAAAUUCUUUAUUCAAUAUAAAAGUACAAGACAGAGCACUCUGUGACCAAUCUACCGGAGGACACGUAUCGCCAUUGUUAUUCAGCAGAGUGAUAAGAAUCCUAAAACAUAGGCUGUCUCAUAUACACUCACAGUAUCUGGUCAUUCUAAACAUCUGUUAAUCAAUAUAGACAUUGAACACAUUCUUCUAUACAAUGAUCUCCUGAACUGAAACCAAACAUGUAUCUGUGUUCAGUCUUCUUCCUAUCAUUAGCCCACUCCUAAGACAAUAUAAUCAUAGUUGAAACAACAUAGCUCAGAACCUGAUUCCCAAAGCUCCUCUCCCCAGCCAAUCCUGAGAUGGUCUUCCUCAAGAGGACUGAUGGACAGUCAGUGCAGCUGUCCUGCGUCCCUGACCCUGAGCAGGCAGGACUGGCUCCUACAGGUGUCAUCCUGAGCGCAGAGACCUGCCAGGUCCAGAAAGACCUGCUGUCCACGGCUGACAGUGUUCUCAGGAUCAGCUCUGCGUACCAAAGUCGUCUGAAAGUCACUGGGGGGAUGGACUCUUCACAGCUCAACGUUACCAUAUCUCACCUGCAGCACUCAGAUACAGGUCUCUAUGUUUGUGAGUUCACCUACGCAGUCAACAAAAACCCAGACCACCAAUCCUUCCCCAAAAACAUUUUCCUGUUCAUCGAAGUGAAAGAGUGCUCCAGCUACGUUCCUCUACUCUACAUCAUAUCAGCAGCAGUGGGACUGCUUCUCGUCAACCUCACCUGGCUGUGUGCUGUCGAGUGUAUCAAGAUGAGAAACCAACAGAAAACACAGGGCCUUCUUCCGAUCUAUGAGGAAAUGAAGAGUGGGAGGCAGGAGAACGGAAGCCCCCAGAAUAUCCAUCCGGGCUCAGCAAAGCCAGAGGAAACGGACCCCCCUGAGUAUACCCAGGUCAGGCAUGCACAGAACCACUAUGCAUGCCCCAGGCCAACAAGGAUGGUGAAGACUUAGAGAAAUAACCACCCAUAAAAACUGUACACAACACUUUUGUAACAGCCAAGAAAAAACUGCAAUUUUAUUAAUUGUUUCAAAGAAGCUCCAUAUGUCAUGAAAACUUGUUUUUUUUUCUGGUGCAUGUCAUUUAACAAUCACAUUCUAUGAGGAGAAAGAGAUAUACAGAGAAAAAUAAAAAAUUACAAGCCACUGACUUUUCAUUAAAUCUCAGUACAGACAUUUUUCCUUAAUAUUUCAAAAACAAAAAAGGCAAAAAGCAGCCCUAACCCCCCCGCCCCCAUCCCACCCCUCAUCCCAACAAAACUAGACAACGAAAAAAAUUAAACACACAGAUGCCCUCAGGGGCAACGGGCUAAAAUCCCACAGUGCUAAAGAGUGAGACGCUCAUUGGUUUAGGAAUACACAGCAUGACGAUGUAGCGCUAGGUCAAUCUGAAUCAGGGGGGAGGAAGUAGGAUGUGGGGGGUAUUGGUGGUGUAGGGGACACUCAGCAUGUGAGCCCCAGCCACACUCC